GAGGACCAGCCAAGCAGUUAUGAGGGGUAUUCAAUGACUUCCGAUGCUCGUGUCUUUAGAAAUAACUGCAGCAUUAAAACAAGUAUAUUGGGGCAUAAAGUUAAUGGGAGGAAUGCCAUUUCGCGCAUUUUGCGAAAAGGGCUGAAGUGAGCGGGGGGGAGAGAAAGGCACGCAUUAUUAUUCUCGCCACGUCGGCUACCUUAGUCUACCCUCCUUUGGCAGCUAUUACAGAGGGCUACUUGUGUCUUAAACAUGUGACUAAGUGAGAGAGGGGCACAGGGGAGAGCCGAAGCGCCCAUGCCUGUUAUCUGCUGAGCGCCUAUACCUUCAGUUUCCACAGGAUCUGCGCUCCUCCACACAGCGCUGCGGAGUAGGCGGGUCAAGUAGGUGGAACAAACAAAAAAAAAAAAAAAAACGAAAGAAAAGAAAAGAAAAAAAGAAAAAAAGAAAAAGAGAAACGGUGCCGGGGCGGAAUUCACAACGGGAUAUUUAACAAUCUUCGUGGGGUGGCAGGUAGCCGCAUUCCGUCGCAUCUGUCCGAGGCUGGACCCCGCCGCUUUCUGGUAACUGCGCUAAGACAGCUUUUAAUCUCCUGAACGUUAGCUCCUCUGCUCCUGGAGUCUUUCUCCUCCUCCUCCUCCUCCUCCUCCUUCUGCUCGUUUCUCCGAUUGACUACAUCUCCUGCUGGAUGAUUUCAUUUUGUAAAGUCAUUAUCCCCAGAAAGGUCAGAGCCUCUGCUUCCAGGAACGUUGAAUUAACUGUGGGAUAAGCCGGUUGUCAACCCCAAGCGCACCCCCGACUGCUUUUCUCAAAGUUUCUCAGUGGUGUAGAACCGACCAUCGGAUUUGUCCGGAGCAGCUUUACCUCUUUUUUUCUCGGAGUGGUUUUUUUUUUUUUUUUUUUUUUUUGAGUGGUGUUUUUUCCCUCCGUGGAGUUGCAGUUGAACCCUGACAAACUGUGAAAUGAGUUUUUCCACAAUCUGGGCAGCUGAGAGCCACCGGGAUUCGGCGAGAGCAUGGGACACACUGAGUUAAACUUUCUCUGUCGUCCUAAACCGCGGUGUUCGGGGGGCAUUGAGGCGAUGCAGGUCCCUCGGUCAUCCCAGUGGAGGAGCCAGCUAAUGACAAGUAUCUUUGGCUGCUGAACGCCCCCCACCACCACCACCAUCACCACCACCCUCAUCCCUCCUACCCUCCAUCCAUCUCUGAUGGCUCUAUGGGGCGUCGUCAGCCUCAGCCUUCACUGCUGGGUGUGUUUAUGGUCCAGUGUAACAGCAACAGCAACAUCAGCCAGCCUCCCAAAUGACAAACCCGGGGGACCCCUGGACUGGCUCCUGUCUGAUAAGGGGCCCUUCCACCACUCCCCAGAGUACAUCGACUUUGUGGAAAAGAACCGGCAAGGUUUCUCCACCAGAUACAAGAUAUACAGGGAGUUUGGGAGAUGGAAGGUGAACAACUUGGCGGUGGAAAGGAGAGAUUUUCUGGAGUCUCCGUUACCUCUUACUCCUGAGUUCAUCAGGAACAUCCGACUCUUGGGCCGCAGGCCCACCACCCAGAUGAUCACUGACAGCCUGAUCAGGAAGUAUGGGACUCACUUCCUGUUGUCAGCUACCCUGGGAGGAGAAGAGGCCUUAACUAUAUUUGUGGAUAAGAGGAAACUGAGUAAGAAAGCAGAGGUGAGCGAUUACUCUGGUAACUCUUCCACUGUGACUCUGGAAGCUCUGCACCAGCUGGCUGCCUCCUACUUCAUCGACAGGGAGAGCACUCUGCGCAAGCUGCACCACAUCCAGAUCGCCUCCACUGCAAUCAAGGUGACAGAGACCCGCACAGGUCCUCUUGGAUGCAGUAACUAUGACAACCUUGAUUCUGUGAGCUCGGUGCUGGUUCAGAGCCCUGAAAAUAAAGUCCAGCUGCAAGGCUUACAAGUGAUCCUUCCAGACUACUUGAGAGAGAGUUUUGUGCAGGCGGCUCUCAGCUACAUAGCCUGCAAUGGAGAGGGUGAGUUUGUCUGCAAGGACAGUGACUGCUGGUGCAGCUGUGACCCCAAGUUCCCAGAGUGCAACUGCCCCUACAUGGACAUCCAAGCCAUGGAGGAGAGCCUGGAAAGAAUCACCGAGACAUGGGGCAUGCUGUAUAAGGAAUUUGAAGAAUCAGAUGAAUUCAAGGCCUUCUAUGCAAGGCUGCCCCAAAACUAUUUCCUGAACGUGUCAACCAUACAACACUUGUGGUCCCUGGAUAGCCUGUUCCAGUGGCGAUAUGAGCAGCUGGAGAACAGCAUGCGGGUCCUCUCCAGACGUGCCGAGAGAGUCAUCUUCAAACUCUUCAGUCUCAGUAAAAGAUGUCACAGACAGCCCCAAGUGCGCAUACCAAGAGAACGGCCUCAGUCCUACUGGCUGAGUCAUUUCCAGUCACUCCUAUAUUGCUCGGAGAACAACCAGCUUGGUGCAUUCUCAGAGGACCUCCACAGCUGCAGCUGCCGAUAUGAACACAGCUCCUGUCAGCUGCCUCCACCCUGCUCUGUUGGGGAAGGCUUGGCCUGUGCAGCCUGUGCACCAGACAACCAAACCCGCUGUGGGAGCUGCAACCCAGGCUUUGCCCUGACACAAGGGGCCUGCAGGCCUAUGGUGGCAGACUCUACAGAGAACUAUCUGGGGUUCGAGACAGACCUUCAGGAUUUGGAGCUGGGCUACCUUCUGCAGAGAGCUGACCGCAGGCUUGAGGUCCAUGCAAUCUUCAUCAGCAAUGACAUGCGACUCAACAGCUGGUUUGAUCCAUCAUGGAGGAAGAGGAUGCUGCUGACGCUUAAGAGCAACAAGUAUAAAACCAACAUGGUCCACAUGCUGCUGGGAAUAUCCCUUCAGAUCUGCCUUACAAAGAAUAGCACCCUGGAGCCUGCCCUUACACUCUAUAUCAAUCCUUUUGGUGGGAGCCACUCAGAGAGCUGGUACAUCCCUGUCAAUGAGAACAAUUUUCCAGACUGGCAGGCCACCAAACUGGACCUGCCCUUUGACUGCUACAACUGGACUUUGACAUUGGGCAACAAGUGGAAGACAUUCUUUGAAACCAUCCACAUCUACCUUCGUAGCAGGAUAAAGACUCAGGAUGGACUGAAUGACAGUAUUUAUUAUGAGCCUUCAGAAAUAUCAGAUCGCGCUCCGAACCUGGGCUACAUGAAGAUAAACAGUAUCCAGGUCUUUGGCUACAGCAUGCAUUUUGACCCGGAGGCAAUCCGUGACUUGAUUCUGCAGCUGGACUACCCAUACACUCAAGGGUCCCAGGACACAGCUAUGCUCCAGCUGUUGGAAAUACGAGACAGGGUCAACCGGCUGUCCCCUCCCGGUCAACCGAGAUUGGAUCUGUUUGCCUGCCUUCUCCGGCACAGACUCAAACUGACUGCCAGCGAGGUGGUUCGCAUCCAUGCUUCCUUACAGGCCUUCAGCUCACGUCUGCCCAAUUCAGUGGAUUACGAGACCACCAAGCUGUGCAGUUAACAGCUGCUUGAAAGGAAAUACAGUCUGUAAAUGGCUAGAAGGAGAACUCAUGGACAUAGGAUUUGUGCCCAUUGUGAUACAGAUGCUUAUAUUUGUGCUCAUUGUCUAUGGAUUACCAGACUCUACAAUUAAUCAGGAGUUGAUUGGCUGUGGACAGCUGAAGAAUGUACUGUACUGCUUGUUCUGGUUUUUGUUUUGUGGCAACUACCUUCAGUGCUAUAGUAUAAAGAAUGGGAAGGAUCAGUAAGGAAAUACACAACUCUCCAGAACAAACUCUUUACAAAAGAUGUCUACAGUAGAAAUUCAGAUAUCGCUUCAUAAAGUUGAACCAUCCUGUUUCGAAAUGACUCUGCUCAUUUAUACUGUAAGUACCAAUGACAAAUGAACGGACAUUUUAUGGUAAAAAUGGUACAGUCUGUUUGUUUGUAAUUUUUAUAUGUUCCUUUGCUUUAGUGACAGUGCACUUUCCAUGAAAACCAGAAUACAGUGGUGUCAGUCAAGAUUUUGUAGAUAAAUUGAUAUUAAAACAUCACGUUAUAACACA